AUUUCAAUAUUUCAUUUGCAAGAAAGAGAAUAGUAUUUAAUUAGCUGACUCAUAACAUUGUUCUUUAAUUAAACAAAAAAAAAAAAAAAAUUUAUAAUUUUAAUAUAGAAAUAAAGUCAUUGUACUUGUGUACAGUAUUCAAUAAAUAUAAAUUUAAAGUUAAUUUUUUUUAUUAAAUAAAAAAUAUAAAUAAAAAUGUCUUCCCGUAAAACUGCUGGACGUCGUGCAACAACAAAAAAACGAGCACAAAGGGCCACAUCAAAUGUUUUUGCAAUGUUUGACCAAGCCCAAAUUGCUGAGUUCAAAGAAGCUUUUAAUAUGAUUGAUCAAAAUCGUGAUGGAUUUGUUGAAAAAGAAGAUUUACAUGAUAUGUUGGCAUCAUUAGGUAAAAAUCCAACUGAUGAAUAUUUAGAAGCAAUGAUGAAUGAAGCACCUGGCCCAAUUAAUUUUACAAUGUUUUUAACAUUAUUUGGUGAACGUUUACAAGGAACUGAUCCCGAAGAUGUUAUUAAGAAUGCUUUUGGUUGUUUUGAUGAAGAUAAUACAGGAGUAUUACCAGAGGAUCGUUUAAGAGAACUACUUACAACUAUGGGUGAUCGAUUUUCUGAUGAGGAUGUAGAUGAAAUGUACAGAGAAGCACCAAUUAAAAAUGGUUUAUUCGAUUACAUUGAAUUUACGAGAAUUUUAAAACAUGGAGCUAAAGAUAAAGAUGAACAAUAGAGUAUACAUAUUAUGUAUUGUUUUUUGAUUAAAUUUUUUUUUCUUUUUUGCCGUU